AUGAUCUCGAAGGCACUCGCAGCUGGAUUUGGCGCUGUGGCGGUCCAGAUCUUUUCCGGCCUUGCCCCCAGCCGCGCUGCCUGGACUUGGACCUUGAGUAUCCCAACAGAUGGCGGCUUCAGCUGCCAGGAGGGCAACACAAUCACUGGCAACUCCUCGUCUACUGCUGCUGACUUCGACUGCACCGUGGUGCCUGAUGAUGGCAAGACUUGUGACGUGACCAAGAUCUCCAUGCUGUGCUCCGAUUCAGAAGGAGGGAAGCAGAACUUUGUUCCUACGGACGGCCUCUGCAUCAACAAUGUUGCCUAUGCAGAGACCAACAACAUGACGCCUGACACUUUGUCUUGGUCGCAAGUUCCUGUCUGCACUAACGCAACCUCUACCAGCGGAGCAGGAGCGGGCAAAAUGAUGGCAUGCGCCACGGCAACCGUUUUGGCCGGAGUGAUUUUCUGA